UUUGGUGCCAUAUUAUUUCCUUCCAGCCAGUCUCGCAGUAUAAACCAUUUCCUCCGCGCCGCUCUCGUUCUUCUUCAGAGCCAAAAGUACCAUAUCUUUAGGGUUUUUCCUGCGUCUGCUCCAAAUCCAAUGGGAAAGGGAACCGGUAGUUUUGGUAAAAGAAGGAACAAGACCCACACUCUUUGCGUGAGAUGUGGCCGUCGUAGCUUCCAUCUUCAGAAGAGCCGUUGCGCUGCCUGUGGUUUCCCUGCUGCCCGUAAGAGGAAAUAUAACUGGAGUGUUAAGGCAAUCCGAAGAAAGACCACUGGAACUGGUAGGAUGAGGUAUCUCCGUCAUGUUCCACGCAGGUUCAAGAGUGGUUUCAGAGAAGGUACUCAAGCAGCUCCAAGGAAGAAAGUUGCAGCAGCUUCUGCUUAAGGUGUUGUUUUGGAUGAAGCCAUCUUCGUUUGGAAAAGUUUUAUGGGAACAUUACUUGAGGACUGUCAUUAUUACAUUGGAUGCUUUAGUUGUUUUUAGUUUCUAUUUUUAUGUAGUUGCUUUAAAUUAUGAACAAGUAUGGAUGAGGCUAUUGUUGUUUGACCCUUAAUUACUUGACGUCUUUCAUGAUUAUGUUAAUCAUGUUCUUGUUUUGCUUAUGAUGCCCUUAAUCUUGAUUCAGAUAGUUGAAAUCUUUAAACAUGAUACUUAUCAAAUUAUAAUCUUCUGUAGUUGUGGUCCA